UGCAUUGAAAUUUGCAAGAAAUUGGACAUUGCUCCUAUGGCUUUACAUUUCUUCACACUUAUGACAACAGACUGUGAACACUGCCUUGACAUCGAAUGCCAGAUAACAGAAAAAUGUGACAGACAAAAAGAUCAUUAUUAUCAUCCCAAACAUGUAAUAUCGGAAGACAUUUCUAAUCAGGUCUCUUUCUUUCGGCUUGCAUUUAGAGCUGUUGCUGGUUCCUAUUUAAAAGCUGUGAAUGUUGCUACAUUUGAAUACUUUGUCAUGCAGUUGUUUAAUGAAAAAUGCAUAAUGAUGAUCACUAACCUACAGUGUCGAUGGGAUUACAUCAAGCAAAGAGUGGACAACUUGUCCUGGAAAGAUCAUCUCACUUUGCUAGUUCUUGAGUCAAUAAUCCAAGCUCACGAAAAAAACAUAACUGCCAAAGAAGUUCUUGACAAACCGUAAGUGGUACAUGGUUAUUUU